GAAGAAGAAGUAGUACCGGAAGUUGUCCCUGGCAGCGGAACACUUUGCCGCAUGCGUGAGAAGCAUUCCCUUUACAUUGAGCUCUAUCAGCAUGGCUGCGAUUGGAGUCCACUUUGGAUAUACCUGCGCUUGUGUGGCGAUAUUUAAGGAUGGGAGAGCAGAUGUGGUGGCUAAUGAUGCAGGAGAUAGAGUAACUCCAGCUGUGGUGGCCUACAGAGACACAGAGCAGAUUGUAGGUAUUGCAGCAAAGCAAGGACGAGUCCGCAAUGCUGCCAACACAGUUGUUAAAGUGAAACAAGUGCUGGGGAGGAGCUUUGAUGAUCCAACGACACAAGCUCACAAAUCCGAGACAAAGUGUCAGGUGGUCAGCAGAGAAGAGAAGCCUUAUUAUGAGAUUACAGCAGGAGAGCAGUCAGAGUAUGUUGCUCCAGAGGAGGUUGCAAAACUCAUCUUCCACAAAAUGAAAGAAACAGCUCAGUCAGCUCUGGGCUCUGAUGUCACGGAUGCAGUCAUUACAGUCCCUUUUGAGUUUGCACAUGCUCAGAAGCGUGCUCUGAGGGAGGCAGCUGAAGCUGCAGGCUUCCAUGUACUGAGGCUGAUCCACGAGCCUGCUGCUGCUCUGUUGGCCUAUAACAUUGGACAGAACUGUUCUUCUGGAAAAAGCCACGUCCUGGUGUAUAAGCUGGGUGGGACGUCGCUGAGCGUGACAGUGCUACAGGUCAGCGGAGGAAUGUUCCGCGUUCUCAACACCCACACUGACCACAGCAUCGGGGGAGAGAGCUUCACCCAGGCCUUGGCCCAGCACCUCGCCGCUGAGUUCAGACGCACCUUUAAGCAUGAUGUGAGCAGUAAUGCUCGGGCAAUGCUGAAGCUGAUGAAUGGAGCUGACAUGGCCAAACACUCGCUAUCCUCUCUGGGAUCAGCCAACUGCUUCGUCGACUCCCUGCACGACGGCAUUGACUUUGAAUGUAGUAUCUCUAGAGCACGAUUUGAGUUGCUCUGCUCCUCACUCUUCAACAAGAGCAUCCAGCCAAUCAGAGCCCUGCUAGAGGAUACGGGACUUUCCACCAGUAACAUUAACAAGGUGGUUCUUUGCGGUGGCUCAGCCAGGAUCCCACGGCUUCAGCAGAUGAUCCGUGACAUGUUUCCUGAUGUGGAGCUACUCAGCUCGGCACCGCCUGAUGAGGUCAUUGCUGUGGGAGCUGCCCUGGAAGCAGGCUUACUGGUCGGCAGAGACAACCUUGUCCCAGAGGAAGAGUCUGUCACAGUGGAUGUUUCCGCCACUGACAUACUAGUGAAGGUUUACCAAGAGAUGGAUGAAUCUGGAGCUGAGGUGUUCACUGUUGUUCUUCCAUCGGGCACACCACUUCCUGCCCGCAGGCACCACACAAUGAGUGGACCCGGGAAACUGUCCUCCCUCUGUCUGGAGAUUUACCAGAGAUUUGUCAUGGAGCAGCCAGAAAAACUAGCUAAGAUUAUCUUAAGAGACCUGCAGCCUACAGAGGACAACCACAACAUUGACAUUGUGGUGACCAUGAAAAGGGAUGGCUCCGUUCAUGCUUCCUUUGUAGAGCAGAGCACCGGAAGAUCUGAGGUCGUCACCAUAGCGGCUGCUUCAUAAAGCCAUGGGACCACAGUCCAGACCACACAACACACAGGACACUGUUUUCGUUUUCUAUUUUUCACCCAAUAAACAUAAUGAAAUCUGGA